CGACCUAUGACCACAAUAAGAGAGGGAUGGGUGUGUCCUGGCUUUUUUGGCAGAGCACGCCGGAAGGGAGGAGGGUUUGUCUGUCGGUCUAGCUGUCUUUCUGACGUCGGGUUACUGGAAAGAAGCAGGGCUGGUGUUUGUGAUGGGAGCUAACUAACUCGGAAGGGCGACUACACCUUUAAGGAAAAGAAACAAUUAGCGGUAUCGCUGGGUCGCUUAGCUAGUUUACUGGGCUUACCUGGACUUUCGAUAUGAUAUUUGUUCAACUAAUUCUCAUGUUUUGCUGCCUACGAGAUGUUACAGGUCUGUUUCGGAACCCACUGAACAAAUAUAUUCGCCAUUAUGAAGGUUUAUCAUAUAACACAGAAGCCCUACACAACAGUCACCAGAGAGCCAAGAGGGCACUCUCUCCUCAAGACAGGACCGUGCAGCUGGACUUUCAUGCACAUGGAAGAUAUUUUAACUUGCGGAUGAAGAGAGACACAACACUAUUUUCUCCAGAUCUCAUCAUUGAGGUAUCAGGAGAGGAGGAACCCAUUGAUACAUCACAUAUUUACAGUGGAGAACUCUUUGGUGAAAAGGGCACACUGACCCAUGGCUCAGUGGUUGAUGGGCGCUUUGAGGGCUUCAUUAAAACACACCAAGGAACAUACUAUGUUGAGCCUUCAGAGAGGUACCUUGAGGAAAAGAACACAUUCUUCCACUCUGUCAUCUAUCACGAAGAUGAUAUCAAUUAUCCUCAUAAGUAUGGCUCUGAAGGCAGCUGUGCUGACCACUCAGUGUUUGAAAGGAUGAGGAAGUACCAAGCAUCUGGAGUGGAGGAGCCAGGCGAAAGAGUGAACAGUGUGUUGGAGGAGGAGAGCUCCCACGGUCCUGUUAUUCUGAGGAAAAAGAGGGCAGCAGCGAAAGAGAAAAACACUUGCCAGCUCUUCAUCCAGACAGACCACCUCUUUUUCAAAUACUAUCGUACAAGAGAGGCUGUAAUUGCCCAGAUCUCUGGACAUGUGAAGGCCAUUGACUCCAUUUACCAGGGCACGGACUUCAUGGGCAUCCGAAACAUCAGCUUCAUGGUGAAAAGGAUCAGGAUAAAUACCACCAAUGAUGAAAAAGAGAAAACCAAUCCCUUUCGCUUUGCCAACAUUGGAGUGGAGAAGUUUUUGGAGCUCAACUCUGAACAGAACCACGAUGACUACUGCCUAGCCUAUGUCUUCACCGACAGGGACUUUGACGAUGGGGUGCUUGGCUUGGCUUGGGUUGGAGCACCUUCAGGAAGCUCUGGGGGAAUCUGUGAGAAGAGCAAGCUGUACUCUGACGGGAAGAGGAAGUCUCUCAACACUGGUAUCAUCACUGUGCAGAACUACGCCUCCCAUGUCCCUCCCAAGGUUUCACACAUCACAUUCGCUCAUGAAGUUGGACACAAUUUUGGCUCUCCUCAUGACUCUGGGACUGAAUGCACACCUGGAGAGUCUAAGUUACAGGAAAAAAAGGAGAAGGGUAACUACAUCAUGUAUGCCCGCGCCACAUCAGGGGACAAGCUCAACAAUAACAAGUUCUCUAUCUGCAGCGUCCGCAAUAUAAGUGCUGUUCUGCUGAAAAAGAGAGAUGAUUGUUUUGUCGAGUCUGGUCAGCCUAUCUGUGGUAAUGGACUCGUGGAAGAUGGAGAAGAGUGUGACUGCGGUUACAGCGAUCAGUGUAAAGACCCGUGUUGCUACAGCGCCAAUGAAGGGGAGGGCAAAAAAUGCAAACUCCAACCUGGCAAAUCCUGCAGUCCCAGCCAAGGCCCAUGUUGCACAUCGGAGUGUAAUUUCAAGGGCACAAAUGAAAGGUGCAGAGUGGAGUCCGAAUGUGCCAAAGAGGGAAUGUGUAAUGGAGGUACUGCUCUGUGUCCCGCCUCAGAACCAAAGGAAAAUUUCACCUCUUGCCAUGCAGAAACACAAGUCUGCGUCAGUGGGGUAUGUUCAGGUUCCAUUUGUGAGAAGUAUAAGCUGGAGGUGUGCACCUGUGCUAGCAAAGAUGGCAAGGAUGAGUCAGCUGAGCUGUGCCACGUCUGCUGCAUGGAGAAAAUGAACCCCAGCACCUGCAGCAGCUCCGGCUCAGACAGAUGGGCCAAAUACUUCAAUAACACAGUCACAACGCUGCAGCCAGGCUCUCCCUGCAAUGACUUCAAGGGCUACUGUGAUGUCUUCAUGAGGUGUCGUCUGGUGGACGCUGAUGGACCCCUGGCAAGGCUGAAGAAAGCCAUCUUCAAUGCGGAGCUUUAUGAGAACAUUGCAGAAUGGAUAGUGGAUCACUGGUGGGCAGUCCUGUUGAUGGGCAUAGCUCUUAUUAUGCUAAUGGCCGGCUUCAUCAAGAUCUGCAGCGUCCACACCCCCAGCAGCAACCCCAAACUGCCUCCACCAAAGCCACUGCCAGGUACGAUGAAAAGGAGAAGACAGCAACAGGCAAACCCGCAGUUACAGGGCCAACGUCACCACCGUCAGCAGAGAGAGAACUAUCAGAUGGGACAGAUGAGACGCUGAGAGACUGGUCUGCUCUUUGCCUUGGUUCUUCCUAGUGCCUACAGUGGGAGCACUUCACCCCAAAGAGUUACCUUUACCACAUAUUGCAAAAUUCAAAGAACUUGCAACUGGAUUGAUUUCACUGGACAAAGCCUGACGGGGAUUUUUGGGCCUAACAAACUCAUUCAGCACUUCAGCUCUGAGAGCCAGAUCACCACUGGUUCACUCAGCCUUUAUAGGAAAUAAAUAACUUUUCCAAGGAGGGACAGGAGAAGAAAUUCACUGAUCUCUGUUAUGUGAUCUUAAUCUUUUUUUUCUUUUUUCUUUAGAUUCUUUAUUUUUCCAGAAUGGAGAGGAGAAAGGCAUCCAUGUGAUCUGUUCUCUCUAACUAUGCUACCUUUUUUCUUUCCUGUUCUUCCUCUCUGAAGUGCUGCCAUUAUGCUGCAAGAAAAGCAGUACUUCAAGUCACGCAGGGUUUUUGCUGCCAAUCUCAACAGUGUUGAGAUGUUGAAUUGGAGAAAAACUCUUUCUUUGCCAAUAUAAUUAGAUUGUUUUAAAUCAAAACACCAUCAAAAAUUAAAGCUUUUUCUUUCUAAGGCAUACAUGUUUUCUUUCAGUGUGCAAUUGUACAGAUGUUGCUGUAGGGGUUUUUUUUCUGUAUUUCAAAUGAAUUUGAUUUUCUGUAUGAUUAAGAUUAUUAACUGUUUUAAUUCACUUUCUCAGGAUUAAUAAAACAACAGCAAACAAGUAUGCUGAGUGGAAAAGAGGGCUGCAUGCAUAUUUCAGGGUAAAGCUCCCCCUGGCUGAAGCCUGUACAGGAUGGUUCACAUUAGCCGCAGAGGACGGGUUGUAUAAGAAGAAUGUGGAUAACCGAGCUUCUUAAGAUUAUGGUGUCAUCUGUGUCAUCAGAUGGAAGGGAUGUGGAGGGUACAUUGAUUGUCUGGAUAUUUCUUGUUGUGAUGUGGUUUUGCAGUUGUGUUUACAUAAAAGUAUAGUCUGGAGCCGAAGUAAAUUGUGAGAGAAUAGCUUUUUGUCAACCUGAUUGUAUCACACUUUUAUUCUGUCGUGACUGUUUUUCCCUGACUCGUUUGCUUUGGCACUGAUUGUCACAUUUGUAAAGCAGCCGUGUUGUGCUACACAUGCGUCUGUAUCUUUACAUUCAGCAUUCAGAAUGAGAGCAGUGAAAGCAUUAAGGGGAAUGUGUUCAAACUGAACUCUGUGGCCAAAGAAGCCCAUGUAUGUAUAUAAGAAAUCAUUAUAGAAGAGAGGUGUCCCAGUGUGAUUGUCUUGCCCAUGCUUUCACUUGUUGUAUUCUGUCCACCUUUUUGAACCUUUCACACACUGGCAGUUGUUAAAUAGAUCUGUUAAAACCACUCAGAGGCAGAGAGAUCUUCUGUGCCCCUGCAACCACAUGAACCUUUCUGGGUAAAAUGUGCUUGUGGAUUUAGCUUUUAUUGAAUUUCUUUUUUAAUUACAGCUCAGAUUAUUUGUAUAUGUUGAUGAAAUGAAUCAACUGAGGGAAAACUAGAGCUUCUAAUUUAGUUAUUGCGUUGUUGCUGCUGUUAACAGACAUUUAGCAGAGUGAACAAUCACUUUGUUCUGUUCUUUCCUGUUCUGCUGAUCGGGACUUCCCUCAAGGAACUUUGUUACCCUUGUUACCCUCGCUGGUGGUGUGUGUAAUGCAUUAAAAAUGUGCCUACUCAGAGGAGCGUGACUGAAGUUGGUGUACUACUGUCAGUGAUCUGUACCAGGACUGAAACCAUGCAUGAGGUGACAAUUUAUCCAAGCACUAUUAUUGGACUGGACUGCUGAAAGUAGAAGAAUUGUAUGGGUGAUGUUUUUGUUUAGGUUUUGGCAACAUAUGAUAAAUAUGGGAAAUUUAAGUGAUUAUUAAUAUGCAACUAUACAUGAAAAUUUCAUAUUAUAAUCCACAAUGUGUCUCAGAUUUUUUUAUGAGAUCAUAACUAGUAUUUACUGUCUGUAAUGUUAAUUGCCUGCCACUAAUUUGGCUUACCUUGAGUUUUCUCUUGUCUCCAGCCAGAUUAAAGUGAGGUCAACUCCACUCACGGAUGUAUGAGUGUGCUCAAGUUUAUGAAGAGUAUAAAAAUACUCAAGUCAACUUACUGGCAGAAUAUAAAAAAUAAUAUAUCUAUACAUAUGUGUGUAGUUUCUUAAAACUAUUUUAGGACAACUUGGAAAAGAAAAGACAGACUUUUUUUCAUGCCCUUGCACAAGAGUUGUGUCGAGCAACAGCUGCAGCUUUUCUGUCCAGAGUGCGAGGAUUUUGUGUUACCGAUCAGAUAGAUUCUAUGCAGAGUAUCACAGAGCUCAACAGUGAACAAGUUAGCCUCUUCACAGAGAAAUGCCUUCAUUGUUUUCUCUAUAUGGCCAUGUUGUUUUCAUAGCAAAGUAGUCGUUCAUGUCGAUGUGCUACAGCUUAGUUUCUGAACAGACAAAAAUGCAAUCCUCUGUGGCUUCUUAUACUGAUUUUGUUUGUCUUUUUUGGUGCUUUUUUUUGGGUCAGAGCUUGAUGUAUAUUUUUCAUUAUCUUAAGCAAAUGUUAAAGCUUUUGUGUGUGUGGGUGUGUGUGUGUGUGUGAGAGAGAAUUGCUUUGCUGAACCAUCUUUAUCCUUUUUGUUGAUAUGAUAAGAUGUGGACAAUACCGGGGUGUAGGGGAUGAUAAUAUUCUCUGGGUAAUUUUCUCUUUCUUUCACAUGUUGCUUUGAUGUUGAGAAAAUGUGCACUGAAUUCUUAUUGAUGGAAGCAGAGAAUCCCAAAUGGUAUAGAUUAAAUACUACUGCCUGAUUUUAAUGUGUCCAGUGUUUUAUACAGUGUCUUUAGUGGUAUUAUUGUUUUCAUUUUUCUUUUUUGGUUCUGUUUCCGAUUCUGCUUACUUUGAAAAUUUAAUUUCUUUUGAACUACUUGAAAUGCAUUAAUAAACCUGAAUUGCUCAGA